GCCGUCUGUCCGAACAAACAUGGCGAACAUUCGGUGUGUCAAGGGCAUGGUUGGCCUGGUGACGGGCGGUGCGUCAGGUUUGGGCCGGGCCACUGUGGAGCGUCUGGUGCAGAGCGGAGCGUCUGCUGUGAUCCUAGACCUGCCCUCCUCUGAUGGACAAGCUCUGGCGGCCAGUCUGGGAGACCGCUGUGCCUUCGCUCCUGCAGACGUUACAUCAGAGGCAGACGUGCAGUCAGCAGUGUCCCUGGCCAGAGAGAAGUUUGGGAAGCUGGACCUGGCAGUUAACUGUGCCGGCAUUGCUGUGGCUGCCAAAACCUACAACUUUAAAAAGGACCUUCCUCACAGCCUGGAGGACUUCCAACGUGUUAUCAAUGUGAAUAUUGCAGGAACCUUUAAUGUGAUCCGCCUCGCUGUGGGGGAGAUGGGGAAGAACGAGCCUGAUGCAGAUGGACACAGAGGCUGCGUCAUUAACACUGCCAGUGUGGCAGCUUUUGAUGGACAGGUCGGCCAAGCAGCUUAUUCUGCGUCUAAAGGUGGCAUCGUUGGAAUGACCCUCCCCAUCGCACGAGACCUGGCACCCAUGGGCAUCAGAGUCAUCACCAUAGCACCUGGUCUGUUCUCCACUCCUCUCCUGGCUGGGCUUCCAGAGAAGGUGCGCUCCUUUCUUGCCCGACAGGUGCCCUUCCCCUCGCGUCUGGGAGACCCCGCAGAGUUUGCCCACCUGGUGACAUCACUGGCUGAGAACCCCAUGAUUAACGGAGAGGUCAUUAGACUGGACGGAGCCAUUCGCAUGCAGCCCUGAGACAGAUGGUGUGUGUGUGUGUGUGUCUGUGUGUGUACGUGUGUACGUGUGUGGCUGCCUGGUAUGUUUAUGUCAUGUUUAACUGUCAUGGAUCACCAACACCAUUUUUUUGUGUGAGAGUGUGAAAGUUUGUAAAAAUGAGACUGUACAUCAUUCAGAGCAUUGCAGUGCUUUGUCAACUCCACUUUGGUUGUUUUGUAAACUAAUGCAGAUUAUAAUAAACCUCUGAUGGGUUUGAUUAUCUAC